AAUUUAUUUAUCUCCCUUUUUUUAGCAUGGUACAAAGCUUUAAUGUAGCAGGUGUGGUUAAUGCAUUUCGCGUCUUGUGGAAUCCAAGUUUAGCCAUGCCACACAUGAUUGUGGACGACAUUCGGCAGAUUCCAUUUGCCAAUCUCAAAAAACAAAACCAUAUCAAGGCCAUGGGAUUUGACAAGGAUAACUGUUUAACGGCCCCUUAUGUGUCUACCAUUCAUCCCCCAUUCAAAGAAGCAUGGGAGGAAUGCAAAGAGACAUUUUCCAAAGAAAAUAUAGUGAUUGUAUCCAAUUCAGCAGGCACAGAUGAUGAUAAAGAUUAUCAUGAAGCUCGAAAAUUAGAAGCAUCACUUGGUGUGGCUGUGUUACGGCACAGUGAGAAGAAGCCUUCAGGUGGACAUGCAUUGGCUCAACAUUUAUCACCUAUUCCUGCUUCUCGAACAGCUUUUGUAGGGGAUCGCAUCUUGACAGAUAUUGUGUUUGGAAAUUUGAAUGGUAACUAUACGAUUUGGACACGUCAAGUAGUGACAGAAAAGGGAGACAAUAAAGCAGCUUUGGUCCUAAGACGUAUGGAAUAUGUUUUAAUUGAUUUUUUACAAAAAAUGCAUGUGCAACCACCAUCUUCCUCAGUAAAGCGGGUCUGGUAAUUCCAAUGAUCUUGUUAAUAAAUCUAUUUCGCGCAUGGAUUGAUGUGCUUUCUUGGGCGUGAUAAAAUGAUACGAUUCUUUAAAGUGGAUAAUGAUUAAC